GAAUGUAACAGUCACAAUGCAGAAAGGAACUGAUGCCCUCAUUAAGGUUGACUUUGGAGACUUUACCGAACCUUCAUCUUUGGAGGUCCAUGGAUUGGCGAAUGAAGAUAACCAUACUUUUGCCCAUGUCUACCUAACCCCCUCUGAGUCGUACCAGAUCGUCUGUACUGUAACUAAUGCAAUAAAUACCUUAGAACAAAGUUUAUCAUCACCAAUUAUCGUACAAAAUAGAAUAAUCAAGAUUAUAUUUGACCAUCUUGAGUUUUGGGGAAUAGAUGGACAAAUAUUGUCCACGCAUGAGUCUGAAUCCAAGGCUCUUCCUUCAAUCGACACAAUAUUUAGUCUUCAACGUCCCGUGGAUAUUGAAAACAUUCCAAAUGCUGUCACAUGUGACUGGGAUUUUGGUGAUACAACUACACUUAUCAGUGAUCACAUUUCAAUGUGGCCAUAUAGUGUAAAGCAUACUUAUACUACUGAGUCCCUUGGAGAGGUCCACGUUCAUGUCACCUGCCGAAACCUUGUUAGUGAGAAAUCAAACAGCACAAUGUUCA